GGGUGCAUGUGAGAAAAAUAACUCACCGGCCGCCCGGAGGAGCCUUCCCGUUCCAUCCUCCGGGAGGUGCAUGGCGCGGUGGAAUUCAUCCUAGCUCCUCCUUCCCAAUUAAUGCAUCCGAGGCUCCUCCUCCUCCAUUUUCCGCCGUGACGGAAACCCACAAAUUUAAUCCACAUCGAUCCCUUCUCUUCUCCUUGCUCUAGCACUGCAGGCUUGCUUGGCACUUCUUUGCGGUGCAAACCACACCAUCGCAGAUCGAGAGCUAAGCCAGCAUGCGUCCGUCGUGAAUUUAUCAAAGCUAGAGCCGUCCAUACGUGUUCCUUCUGAUCAAUGGAAAAACAGUCGGAGCAGGGAAGCAACAACCAGCAGCAGCAGCAGCUGGACAGCUUUGCUCCGCUGGACGGGGCGGCGCCGGAUCAGGACCAGAUCAUCGGCGGCGGCGCGGGAGCCGAGAUGGUGGACUACAUGCUGGGCCAGCAAACGCCGCCGCCUCCCCCGCCGCCGCACGGCCACGUGUCCUCCUUCGACAAGCUCAGCUUCUCCGACGUGCUGCACUUCGCCGACUUCGGCCCCCGGCUCGCGCUCAACCAGCCGUUAUCCACCCACCACCCGGCGGACUCCGACAACGACGAAGACAGCUACUUCUUCAGGUUCCAGCCGUCCCUCCCAGCCGCAGAGGACUCCGACGACCCCACCGCUCAGCACGCGGCGGUCACCACCCAAGGAUCGGGAGGCGAUCACGGUACCGUGGGCGGCGGGGUUUCGGAGAGCACAACGACGCUGGUGCAGCCGCAGCAACAGCAGCAGGAGACUGUGGGAGGGGGCAAGGGUGGUGGCGGCGGCGGGGCUGGGAAUAAGAGCGGGCGGAGGAAGCGGCCGCGGUCCACCAAGACGAGCGAGGAGGUGGAGAGCCAGCGGAUGACGCACAUCGCCGUCGAGCGCAACCGCCGCCGCCAGAUGAACGACUACCUCCGGGUCCUCCGCUCCCUCAUGCCCGGAUCCUACGUCCAAAGGGGAGACCAAGCCUCCAUCAUAGGAGGCGCGAUAGAGUUCAUCCGCGAGCUCGAGCAGCUAAUCCAGUGCCUCGAGUCACAGAAGCGGCGUCGUCUCUACGGCGACGCGCCACGUCCCACCGCCCCCGACAUCUCCACCGGCGCCGGGGCGCCGCCAGUAGUACCACCACCCGCGACAUCCUCCAUGCUGCAGCACGAGCAACAAGCCGCACCACCGCAAGGGCCGCCGCAUCACGACGCCCCGGCGCCGUUCUACGUCGUGCCCGCCCCGUCGCCCGGGACGAGCCUCCCGUUAAUCCCGGUUAUCAGUGACGACGGUGUUGCCAAGGGGAUCGACGACCUCGACGGCGGGCUCGGGCGGGAGGAGGUGGCGGAGAACAAGUCGUGCCUGGCGGACAUCGAGGUGCGCGUGCUGGGCGCCGACGCCGUGGUCAAGGUCCUUUCCCGGCGCCGGCCGGAGCAGCUCAUCAAGACCAUCGCGGUCCUCGAGGAAAUGCACUUGUCCAUCCUACACACCAACAUCACCACCAUCGACCAGACCGUCCUCUACUCCUUCAACGUCAAGAUCGCCGGCGAGCCAAGAUUCACGGCGGAGGACAUCGCCGGCGCCGUCCACCAGAUCCUUAGCUUCAUCGACAUCAACUACACGUUAUGAGUAUCCAUCUCUCGUGUACACUUUGUACUCAAAGUUGAGCGCUUGUUUGAUGACGACGAGGCGGCUAACUCCAAUCGAAUUCUAUUUGUUCAGCGUGUGCUAUUAAUUAUAUCACGCUAUAUAUGUUUAUCCUUCGCUUCUAUGCGUGUAAGCUGAUUAGGCAGCCAAAGACACUACCAUUACGUUGUUUUAUUCACUGAAUAUGUAUGUAUGACGAAUUAUUAGCUAAGUAAAGAGGUCUAUUUAACUUAACUUCCACUUUCUCA